AGCCGGAAGUGAAGCGCCGUGAUCGAUUGUGUUGAAGUGGUGUGCUGUUUAUCUUCGUAGUAAAAAUGCCGGAGUUAGCAGUGGAAAAUGUGGUCGUUCACCCGCUUGUGCUGCUUAGCGUGGUUGAUCAUUUUAACAGGAUAGGAAAAGUUGGAAACCAGAAACGUGUGGUUGGUGUCCUGUUGGGAUCAUGGCACAAAAAGGUUCUUGACGUCUCUAAUAGUUUUGCAGUUCCAUUUGAUGAAGACGACAGGGACGACUCUGUCUGGUUCCUGGAUCAUGACUACUUGGAGAACAUGUAUGGCAUGUUCAAGAAAGUUAAUGCCAGAGAAAGAAUAGUUGGAUGGUACCACACAGGACCCAAACUACAUAAGAACGACAUAGCCAUCAAUGAGCUCGUCAAGCGGUACUGUACCAACUCGGUGUUGGUUAUCAUAGAUGUGAAGCCUAAAGAUCUCGGCCUGCCCACAGAAGCAUACAUCUCUGUGGAAGAAAUACAUGACGAUGGCACUCCAACAUCCAAGACUUUUGAACACGUCACCAGUGAGAUCGGAGCUGAAGAAGCAGAGGAAGUGGGAGUAGAGCACCUGCUGAGAGACAUAAAGGAUACCACAGUUGGUACUCUGUCUCAGCGCAUCACAAACCAGGUUCACGGCCUAAAGGGACUCAACUCAAAGCUGCUGGACAUCCGCUCCUAUUUGGAGAGAGUGGUUGCAGGCAAACUCCCCAUCAACCACCAGAUCAUCUACCAGCUGCAGGACGUCUUCAACCUGCUACCAGACGUCAACCUACUGGAGUUCACAAAAGCCUUUUACCUGAAGACCAACGACCAGAUGCUGGUGGUCUACCUGGCCUCGCUGAUUCGCUCCGUGGUGGCUCUGCACAACCUGAUCAACAACAAGAUUUCCAACCGAGACGCGGAAAAGAAGGAAGGACAGGAGAAAGAGGAAGGAAAGAAAGAGAAGAAAGACGACAAAGAGAAAAAGGACGACAAAGACAAGGAAAAGGAGAAGACGGAAGGUGCCAAGAAAGAUGAGAAGAAGAAGAAAUGAGUGCUCCUCCGCUGUGGUUUUCUCUCAAAUCGCACCAUCUUCAUCCAAACGGCGCUCUACUUUCUGCCCACGCUUUCUCUGUAUGUGGGUCUCAGACUAAAAGUAGGACUCUGAAUGGGGAAUUGUGUCAUUUGAGAUUUGGCCUCAUGGUAACAGCUGACACUCAAAGACUUAUCAUACAGAGAUGAUGUUUGUUCUCCGGUGUUCUGAACUGUGAGAACAUGAUGCUGUCCUCAUAGUUUCCACGCUCUUGUUGUUUUUCAGCACCCGCUGUUGCUUAUUUUGUAAGAUGGAGUAGAAAUGCUAUCGUUUCUGUAUCGCUCAUUAAAUCGGGAUUAUAUGAAAAGUUGCGUUUUGCGAUUCUGUUCCUAUUUUAUCAAUAAAUUGAUACAAACUGGUCAUUUUUUGUAUCACAGACAGACUGCAGACAA